ACCCACAAGACGCAAAGAGGCAGAGAGAUCACCGAGAUCAGCUCUUUACACGUCCACCCACACACGCGUAGUACGUUUGGCGAUGGCAAAGCUCCUUGCCGCUGUCCUCGCCGUCGUCCUGGCGGCUCUCGCCGCCGGCACCGCCACCGGCAUGCUGUCGGCGGAGAUCGACGACGGCAUGCCGCUGAUCCACAUGCUGCGGCCGCUGCUGCAUUCCAGCGGCCACCUGGGCCGGCUCGGCGGCGUGCCAUGCGAUAGCUGGCGGUUCGCUGUGGAGACGGACACCCUGCGCGACUGGGAAACGGUCCCGGCCCGCUGCGAGAAGUACGUCGGCAACUACAUGCUCGGCGGGCAGUACCGCAGCGACUCCCAAGCCGUCGUCGACGAGGCCGUCGCCUACGCCGAGGGCCUGAAGCUCUCCGGCGAUGGCAAGGAGGUCUGGGUGUUCGACGUCGACGAGACGACGCUCUCCAACCUCCCCUACUAUGCUGAGCACGGCUUCGGGUCUGAGCCGUACAACUCGACGGCCUUCGGCGCGUACACCAAGUUGGCAAACGCGCCGGCGUUGCCGGAGACGCAGCGGCUGUACAAGAGACUGCAGGAGCUGGGCAUCAAGCCGGUGAUCCUGACGGGGCGACGCGAGGACAAGCGGGAGUCCACGGCCAAGAACCUCGCCGAUGUGGGGUACACCGGCUACGAGAAGCUGCUGCUCAAGCCUCAGGACGCCAGGGUGACUGCGGUGGAGUUCAAGUCCGGCGAGCGGAAGAAGCUGGUGGACGCCGGGUACGUCAUCGUCGGCAACAUCGGCGACCAGUGGACUGACCUCCUCGGCGAGCCGGAGGGCGAUCGCACGUUCAAGCUGCCCGACCCCAUGUACUACGUCGGCUAGCUCUUCGAUCAUAUGCUCUUCUACAUAUAUAUAAUACCCCGAUCAGGGCUGGAGCCAAAGCCAACAGCAGCAAACGAACGGACGCGCGCCUGAAUGAAUAAUAAUUACUGUUCAUCAGUGUAUCAAAAUAAAUGGCCUAAUAAUUAUACGGCAAAGGGAUAUUAUUAUAGAGUACUGUAUGCUUUGCCCUGUGGCUUACAAUCAAACCCAGUAUAAUAUUUCAGCUGA